GCUUCCGGGUUGUGCGGUGACGUCAGGGGUAGCCACGCUGCUGUUCUGGCUUGAAACCUCCUCCUCAUGUUGCACGUCAACUGAAAAUACCCCCUCGACAUUGCUGCUCUUUCCUUACAGUCAACUUCGGCGACAAUGUCCACUAAACUACUCUCUGCAAACAAAACCGUCUUCAAAUGCUUGACCGCUCUUUCGGCACGAGGGUUGAGCAGCGGAGCGGCGUCCCUGGGUUCAGGUCCCUUAAAGGGUCGCAGCUGUCUGACCCUGAAGGACUUCAGCUCGGAGGAGAUCAAGAGGCUGCUGUGGGUGUCCGGGGAUCUCAAACAUCGGAUCAAGCAUGAGAAGCAGUAUCUUCCUCUUCUGCAAGGAAAGUCCAUUGCUAUGAUAUUUGAGAAGAGGAGCACCAGAACAAGAAUGUCCACGGAAACAGGCUUCGCUUUGCUGGGUGGCCACCCCUGUUUCCUCACUUCUCAGGACAUCCACCUUGGAGUGAAUGAGAGCAGCACAGACACGGCUAGGGUUCUCUCGGGGCUCUGCGAUAUCGUCUUGGCACGAGUGUACAGCCACUCCACGCUGGAGGAGCUGCAUAAGGACGCCUCCAUCCCCAUCAUCAACGGCCUGUCGGACCUCUACCACCCAAUCCAGAUUCUGGCGGACUUCCUCACCCUACAGGAGCAUUAUGGUUCCCUUAGUGGACUAACAGUGAGCUGGAUUGGAGAUGGGAACAACGUCCUCCACUCCUUCAUGAUGACUGCGGCUAAAUUGGGAGUUCACCUUAAGAUUGCUACACCAAAGGGGUACGAGCCAGAAAGGAGUGUUAUUGAAGAGGCACAAAGACUUUCCAAAGAACAUGGGACCCAGCUUGUUUUGACCUCUGACCCCAUGGAGGCUGCCCACGGCAGCAAUGUGUUGGUCACCGACACCUGGGUGAGCAUGGGACAGGAGGAGGAAAAGAAAAAGAGGCUCAAAGACUUUAAAGGUUACCAGAUUACAAUGCAGACAGGAAGUGUUGCCAAACCAGACUGGAGCUUCCUGCAUUGUCUCCCACGCAAAAUGGAGGAAGUGGAUGACCAGGUAUUCUACUCCCCCCGCUCCCUCGUCUUCCCCGAGGCAGAGAACAGAAAGUGGACCAUCAUGGGUCUGAUGGUGUCUCUUCUGACCGACUACACUCCACAGAGCCCCGUGCCCAAGUUUUAACUUUAACGUACGGUAGAGUUUCACUCGGUCGUCAUGAAGAAAGACCGUCCUAUUGCAGGCGUCUUGAUGGCACCAUCACAACCCUGGAUGGGUUCCCUGAGAGUAACCGAGUGUGUACGUUGUUUAAAUCACUUCCUGGUUUAGAUAAAAAAAAUCGAUGUUUACGUUCUACCUGAUUCUGUGACGGAGAACGAGUUUUUUUUUUUUUUGCGAGCCUACGUUUUACAGACGUGUUCCUGAAAAGGAAAAGAUUGGCCGAACCGUUCUUCGACUUGUUUUAAUGUUCUCUUGCACUUCACAACGUUCUCCAACGGCAUCGGGAACUUCGGAAGCGAUCGCAUUCUCGCGGUAUUUGAGAAGUAUUGUUAUUGUUGUAUUGUUGAGAAAAAAGCAAACCAAUAAAAGGAAAAGGGGAAACAUUAA